CGAACAACAGAUGUGAUAAGAUUAGGGCUACCCAGAUCCUUGCUGCGCUGCAGCUGCCAGGAUGAUCAUGGUCCAGGUCAUUUUAGCUCUCUCCACCAGAUCUCUCCCGUAUGUUGGGUGAAGACCCUGGAGUCCCGAGUAAACUGUCAAGCUGCGACACGUCGCCUUGAUGCCUCGGGAAACCGCAGAAUGGCUUGGAGUCACGCCUCACCAAACAGAGACACAAUUUCUUUGUCCCACGGCGCUUUGUCCGCCAGCGAGUACCAUGAAAGAGCCCAUUCACCAUCAAGCCCAGGGGCACCCGCACAUUUAUAAACAUAUAAGCCCCUAGACAUCUUCUACGAUCCCCAAAACCAAAGUUCAACCCAUAGCACCUUUCACCACACACAUAACCAGCAACAACAAAAAAAAAUGAACCCCCUACCGCCCAUCAAGCGCCACUUCUUCGGCGAAUCCUCCUCCGAGGACGAAGCGGACGGCCACUGUGACCCCGACGAGUACCAAUUCAAGGACUACUCAUCAGACGAGGAGAACGGCGGCAACGCCUCCGACCUGGCCUCGGAGUACAACCCGGAGUCGCUGCCGCCGCUGGACGAGGGCGACACCUCGUGGAAGGAGUACGACCCGGACGAAGGGUACUGGUACGUGGGGACGGAGUUCCUGGACCGCGCGUCCACGCCGUCGCCGACGCAGGUGGAGGCCCAGGAGAAGGCGGCGGCGCGGCGGGCGGCGCGGCGCCGGAAGAAGGCCGAGGCGCGAGCGGCGCUGGAGGCGCACCUGGAACGGCGACGGGCGGAGGCCCCGAUCGAGCCGCUGCUGGCCGGGCUCGACGAGAAGCUGGACCGGUGGGAGGUCACCCUGGCCCUGCACCGGGCGAUCACCUUCCUCGAGGAGGGCCAGGACCGCGAGGCCGAGCACUUCGUCCUCGAGGCCGUCGGCAUCGCCCAGCGGCUCGGCAACCCGGUGUGCCUGGCGCGGUGCCAGUACUGGCAGGGCCGGGUGGAGUACUCUCGUGAGAACUACCACGAGGCGCAGCAGUGCUUUCAGGCGUGUCGCGAGGGGAUCCUGGACGCGCCGGAGGGUGAGACCAUCACGUGGUACCUGCGGGUGUCCAGGCCCGGGCUGACCGAGGAAGAACGGCAGCAGAUCGGGGAAUCGGAGCAGGUUCGCGAUCGAGCGCAGGGCUUGUAUGGGUAUUCGCCGCAGUCGACCAGUCCUGUUUCUGGGGACUUUCACUUCCCCCAUCUUCAGGACACGGAGCACGCAUGGGGGGAACUGGAGGAGGGAGAGCCACCCGGUGAAGCUAUGCCUUAUGAGGCCGAUGACGAACGGGAGCAGAUCCGGGAAUCGGAGCAGGAUCGCGAUCGAGCUCAGGCCUUCUAUGGGUAUUCGCCGGAGAAUGCUAGUCUUGUAUCCGCGAACUUCCACUUCGCCCAGCACACAAGGAAGGAGGAGGACCGGCCACGCAGCGAAGCAACACCCGAUGAGACCAGUAAUGACAAUCAGCGAAGAAUCCUAACCCCUAAGUCCCGCCUGCCAUUCGUCGCGGGAGAGUUCGACUCAGACGGACUGCAGCUGCACCGCAGUCAGAAACACUUCACAUUCGAGAUGUAUCCGCAGGGCAUGGCGCCACGGACGCGCCCGACCAACAUCUUCCCCGAGCAGCGCAACGAGAUCCUGAUGUCGGAGGAAAGCUGGAAGGCGUUCAACGAGUAUGUGCAGGACAAGGGCGUCACCAUGAGUUACCUGGACCGGGAGGGGCAGAAAUACCGCGAAGCGAUCAAAAAGAAAAACCGGGCAGCGUGGGCAGCGUGGGCAGCAGAGAAGAGGAUGAACAAUACUUGUGUCAUCAUGUAG